AUGGCCUGGCAAGCCUUAGGGGCAGGCUGUUUAGUGUCUACCCUCUACUUUUUUUACUCCUUGUACAGCGCUCGUAGCUUCUUCAGAUCGCUUCAGCGUCGAGGCCUACCAAUGCCCCCUCACGACCCAAUCUGGGGCCAUCUCAAACUUAUCGGAAUUAUUCUGAAAGAUUUACCACCUGACAUCAUGCCAUCGGCAGCACUAGCCCAUGAAAUCCGCCUGCGUUACCCACAUCUCGACCAGGCGUUCUACUUGGACCAGUGGCCCUUUUUCAAGCCCAUGUUGGUCGUUCUGUCACCAGAUGGAGCUCGACAGGUGACCCAAGGCCAAUCUCUCCCGAAAGAACCAGGUCAGCGUGAGUUCCUGAAACCGCUGACAGGUGGCUACGACCUGGACACCAUGGAAGGCGAGGAAUGGAAAUUCUGGCAUAAUAUCUUCAGCCCCGGCUUUCGAGUCGCGAACAUCACGGCGUUGGUGCCGAGCUUGGUCGAAAUAGCUGGGAAUUUCUGUGAUCGCCUGCGCCAAUGUGCAGAGAAGAAUGAAGUAGCUUCUUUGAGCCCGAUGGCCCUCGAUCUUACCAUGGACUUUUCGAGCAAGGCUAUCAUGGGCCACGACAUGCAUUGUCAAACAGGCUACAACGACUUUGCCGCCGCGAUGGCUUCGCAGCUCAGCUGGCUGCAUUAUCGCGGCACUUCGCCGCUAAGAGACAUUAACUUCAUCAGGCCCUUGGUACAAUGCUACAAUACUUGGCGGAUGAACUCGUACAUCAACAAAGUAUUACAGGAGAACUCAGAAGCUGCCAAAACCAGACAAGCAAAUUCCAUCUCAAUACUGGAUACCGCCAAUUCACCACAAGACCAAGGCCACCUGCGGAUACUUCCCGAUGUUAUUCGGUCACAAAUCAAGUUCAUGAUGCUUGCAGGGUAUGACACAACCGGUUCAUCGAUCGUGUUCAUGACCAACCUAUUGUCACAGCACCCAGAAGUACUGGCACGCGUUCGAGCUGAGCACGAUGACGUCUUCGGCCCUGACUUGGGGGCAACAGCAGGCCUGAUAGCCUCUCAGCCGAAGCUGCUCAACCAGCUCCCGUACACAACUGCCGUCAUCAAAGAGUCUUUGCGUAUCUACCCUCCCGGAGCAACUCAAAGACUGGGUAAUCGAGAUUUCAAUGUAUUCAUUGAGGCCUCCUCUGAUGCUGCAAAGACUCAUCCGGGCGAGAAAUCUGUAGCAGCUUUGGAGCCCCUGCCGACAGAAAAGUGCAACGUCUAUGUCAGCCACUACGCAAUCCAUCAUAACCCACGGUACUGGUUUCGCCCAAGCGAGUUCCUCCCAGACCGUUGGUUGGUGAAGGGUAAAGAUGACCCUCUGCAACCUCCUGCCAAUGGUUGGCGUCCCUUCGAGAGAGGACCCAGGAGUUGCAUAGGGCAAGAGAUGGCUUUGGCUGAGAUCAAGAUGUUGUGUGCUCUGACUACGAGAGAAUUCGAUUUCAAACCUGCAUAUGAAGAGACCGGGCGGGCAGAGAAGUAUCAUGGGGAUCCUGUGUAUCUGGUGAGCCGCGGGGGGGCAGCCAAUCCGAGUGGCUUCUUUCCUUGUCGAGUGAGCUUUGCCAAGAAAACAUAACGUAAGGUCUUGCAACACGAAAUGGCUCAAUUCUAUGGGCUCUUUGAUUGAUCUACACUUCAAUUUGGAGGGGACGGGGGGCGUCGUAGAAGUUGUCAGAUUUACCUAGGGCUCUGUUCCCACUAUGUACAGUAAUUACGACAGGG